GCUGGUCUUCUCUUCAGAUCACCACACUGACCCAAGGACAAGCUGAAGAGCUUGCGGUGAGUGAGUGUGUGUGAGAGAGAGAGAGAAUGGGUGGCAAGGCCGCUCUGCUGCUGGCCCUGGUAGCCGUGAGCCUGGCCGUGGAGGUGCAGGCGGACAGCGGCUACGGCGGCGGGUACACCCCUACCCCCAAGCCGGAGAAGCCUCCCAAGGGGCACAAGCACGAGAAGCCUCCAAAGGGGCACAAGCCGCCCAAGGAGCACAAGCCCAAGCCUCCCAUCUACACCCCGUCGCCGAAGCCGACGCCCCCCACGUACACCCCAACCCCGAAGCCGACGCCGCCGACGUACACACCCACGCCCAAGCCGACGCCACCGACCUACACCCCGACCCCGAAACCGACGCCGCCGACAUACACUCCCACGCCAAAGCCCACGCCUCCGACGUACACCCCGACGCCCAAGCCGCCGACGUACACACCCACGCCCAAGCCCACUCCGCCGACGUACACACCCACGCCCAAGCCCACUCCGCCGACCUACACCCCGACACCCAAGCCCACUCCGCCGACCUACACCCCGACGCCCAAGCCGCCGACGUACACACCCACGCCCAAGCCGACGCCGCCAACCUACACCCCGACGCCGAAGCCGACGCCGCCGACGUACAAGCCGAUCCCGAAGCCGAUGCCGCCAACUUACACGCCGACGCCCAAGCCCAAGCCAACACCGCCGACGUACACGCCGACCCCCAAGCCGACGCCGCCAACUUACACGCCGACGCCCAAGCCCAAGCCAACACCGCCAACCUACACCCCCACCCCCAAGCCAACGCCGCCAACCUACACCCCCACCCCCAAGCCCACGCCACCAACUUACACGCCGACCCCCAAACCCACGCCGCCAACUUACACCCCCACCCCUAAGCCGACGCCGCCAACCUACACGCCGACGCCCAAGCCGACGCCUCCCACGUACAAGCCCCCGACCCCCACUCCGCCAGCGUACAAGCCGCCGCCUCACACCCCCAGCCCGCCGCCGCCCUACUACAACUAAGAUCCGCUACUCUGCUGUCAAGCCCGGAGCAUAGAAGGUGAUCGAAGAGUUGCGAGCCAGCCAAGAUGAGCUGAGGCCUUGAUCCUCCAUUCCUCCUCGUGUUUGCGGCCACCCUAGCUAGAGGAGAAUAACGCAGAGUUCUGCUCCCUAUGUUUUCUGUUGUCCCGCUGAAUUUGUGUUCGUGAAAGUCGAUCUUUAGCAGACGUGUUGUGUGUGGGUAAUGGUAUUGCUACUAUUGGUGUAUCACUGUAAAACCACAAUAACUAUGAAAAUGCAAGCAAAAGCUAGUCUUUUACUCUA